AUGGACAGUACAAACACCUCCAUUGUUGAUGCCAUUGUUAUUUGUUCUUCAUCAGCAUACUUAUGCAAACAAAUUGUUGAUCAAGCUGGUGUUCAAGUACAAAAUGAAUAUAAACAUCUGGAAGCAUCUGGACAAUUUCCAGAUACAACAUCCGGUGGUACAUUACCAUGCAAAAAAAUUUUCUUUAUUCCAUGGUCACCAAUCUCUCAUGAUCCAGCUGAUGUUAAAUCAUCUUUGAGUACAUUUGUUUCAACAGCAUUUAUAAUUGCUAACUCAGCAGGACUCAAAAAUAUUGCAUUUCCAGCUGUUGGUUGUGGAAAAUUUAAUUUUGAUCCAUUGAUCAUAGCUAAAUAUAUGUUACAUGAAACAAAAAAACAAAUUAAAACAAGUAAAAUAAAAAUGAAUAUUUCAUUUAUUCUUUUAUCAAAUCAACAAAAUGUUUAUGAUGCAUUUAUUAAAUAUCUUAAUCUAUUGGAAAGUGUAGAUUUAACCGUAUCUUAUAACAAUCCAACGAAAAAAAAAGAUGAUCAACCAAAAAUAAUAUAUAAUAAAAAAAUUAUUAAAAUAACAUUAAUUAGUACAAAUGAUAAUCAUUUAAUGAAAUGUAAACAAGAAAUUAUUGAUUUAGCUCGAUCAUUUUCAACAAAAUCACAAUUAGUAAAUAAACAUGAUAUGCUUGAUUGGUCACAAGAUACAAUAAAUAAAUAUUAUGAAUAUUGUAUAAAACACAGUGUUAUACCAACACUUGAUUUUGAUACUGUUACACUUGAACUUAUUGGAACAAAAGAUUCAGUACAUGAAGCUGAAAAAUAUUUUUAUGAAUUAACAAGUGAAACAUUUAAAGAAGCACAUAUUCAUGCAGUUUCACGAGCUGUUAUUUGGUCAGUUGAAUUAAUAUCUAAUUCCGAUCAAUGGGAACAAUAUUCAUUUAAACUUAAUGGAAUUAUUGAAGAUGCGUUUUUAAAAAAAUAUCCUCAUUUAAUUCUUUGUGAAGCUUGCUUACAGAAAGGUUGUCAAAAUAGAACAAGAUGUACAAAAUUACAUUUAUGUCGUUAUAAGUAUCAUUUUUCAAAUAAGCCACUAGAAAAACCUUGUAAUUAUCCACAUAAACUUAGUAAUCAUCCGAAUAAUGUUAUUCUAUUACGACGAUUUAAUUAUGAUACAUUAAAUGAAGAUCUUCUUCUUAGUUUACUUCGUCGUUAUUAUAAAAUAAAUAAUGAACAACCUCAAAUAGAGAAUCAUGUCAAUUCCAAUCGAUCUUUAUCGUCUCUAUCUAGUGAUAUUGAUUCAAAUAAUGUUCAAGGAAAAAAACGAAUUUGUCUAUCAGCUCGAUCAAGACCACUAUCACAACUAAAGAUAUCACCAAUUCAAUCAUCUGUAUCAAUAGAUAAGAUUAUAGAACGACAAUUAGAUGUUAGUAUUCCAUCGGAACAAGAUGCACCAGAUGUUGAUCUCGAAAUAAUUGAACUUAUUUUAGCAACAAAAAAUAUAAUUAUCGAACGAAUAUUAGAUAAACAAAUAUCAAAUGAAUUCUAUCGACGAUAUACAUUACAAUUUAAGAAUAAACAAGUUAUUGACAAUAUACUUCAAAAUGAACCAAUUAUAAUGUAUAAUAAUAUACCAUUAAAAAUGAAACGAACCGAACGACAAAAAGAUAAAAAAAUAUUUGCACUUAAAUUUAAUACUGAUAAAAAAAUUGAUAGUAUACGAUUAAAUUUAUACAUCGAAACACUUGUUGGAAAAGUUCAUCCAAAUGUAUAUGAUAUGACAAACGAUGGUAGUGAUGAACAAAUACAUCUUAUUCGAUGUGAACAACCUAUUGAUUUCGAACAUUUACAUAAAGCACAUGCAACAAAAAAUACUUUACAAGGUUAUCGUAUAACUAUUAUGGAAGUGUAUGAAUCAGAAGCUCUUGAAGUUUCGUUAAUAAAGGGAUCAUUUCAUCAAUCUUUGACUGUAUCACGAUUACGUAAAUUGAUUGGUGAACAACGUUGGCAACACGAUGUUUUUGCUUGUCUUUGUAUUCGAAACCAGACUAGUGCUGAGAUCGAAUUAAUGAAUGCUGAAGUCACAACUAAAUGGUUAUCAGAAGCACAUAGAAUUGAAAAAGAUAUAUCUCUUACUAUCAAUCCGAUUAUUGAUUUUAUUCAACCAUCGGAAAAAAAAGAAGAAGACGAUGAAGAAAUAACAAAACUAUUUGCUUCAUCAAAAAUAUCUUCAACACCUUCACUUUUAAAUAUAUCAGAUGAUUCACAGAAAGGAGAAAAUGAUUCUAGUCAGUAUACAAUCAAAUCUGAUUGGCGUGUUGUUCUUACACAUCCAGUAUUUGGUGAUGAAUAUAGAAAAUAUAUUCGUGAAAAUUUAAAUAUUUCUGCUCAAAUAAUUGGUUCAUCAAUUCAAGUACCUAAUGAACAUAUUCGUAAAGAAUUAGCUCGUUAUACAAAUAUGUUCAUUCAAAAGUUUGCCUUCCAAGAACUUAGUAAUUUAACUAAGCCACAGGUUAAAAUUAUAAAAGAUAAUUAUUCAAGAAUGGCACAUAAAUGGCAAAAAGAUACAAAUAAAACAUUAAUUGCUGCACGUCGUGAUAUUAUGAAUGAAAUUUUACCAAGUAUAUCUUCAUCUAGUCGACAACAAAAUAAAAUAACAAGUACACCAAUAUUUCCAAAUAAACAAUCACCAAUUCUUGGAAAACAAGAUCAACCAUUAAUAUCACCAAUUCCUAGAAACAAAGAAAAACAAUUACCAUCACCAGCUAAAGAAUUACUUAUAUCUCAAACAAAAUCAUCAGAAGACCAAAUUCAAGUACUUCCAUAUUCAAUUGAAAAUAGUGUUUAUUUUCCAUUUUUUGCUUCAUCAAAUCCAUUUUCAGAACGUCUUACUACUUAUCUAUUAAAUACAUUUAAUAUUAAAUUAGAUAUAAAACCUAUUUCAUCAGUAAAAAUUAUGCUUGAACUUAAAGGUCAAUAUAAAGAUGUUUCUGAUGCUCGACCUACUUUGACAAAUUUAUUUGCAUCAUUAAAAACAAAAAUUUAUUCUGAUACAAACGAUUCUUGUAAAUUUUCUAUACCUGAUAUUUAUCGUGUAAUACAAUGGAAACUUGAUCAAUGUUCAAUUAUAUCAUCAUGUAGUUUUUCAACAAAAGAUAAUGGUAUUUUAUUAAUAAGAUAUUUUGCUGAUAGUCCACAAUUUGGUGUUGAUGAACAACAAAUUGAUGAUAUUAUACAACAUAAUAUUUUCAAUAGUUCAUAUCAUUUUUUAAUGACAAGUAAAAAACUUGAAAUUAAUUUGGAACAAUUACAAAAGAAAAUACAACAAAGAUCUGAUUAUGGACAAGAUAUAUGUUGUUUAUAUAAUGAUCGAAAAGGAUCAACAGAAAAAAUUCGACUACCUUCAAUACAUUUAUGCGGAAAAAAAUCUAUUGUUCAACAAAUUUAUCAAGAAGUUAAAACAAUUGCUGAUAAUUAUGCACCGACGCCAUAAUAUGAAACUGAUAAUGUAGAUUUACGAUCAACAUUAAAAGGUGAUACAACAAGUCAAUUUUUUGCACCGAAAUAUUUACAUGAAAAAAUAAAAUUAUAUUUAUUUGAAAUGAGUCAAAUACAAAUGUUAUCCAAAGAUAUUAAAUGUUCAACACAAUUAAUUAAUAAUAAAAAACAAGAAUUUAAUGAUUUAGCAUCUAAAAAUCGUUGUCUACUUUCAAUAACAUUAUCAUCUCAAUCAACAAUAUCUAAUCGAAUAACACCUAUUACUUCAAAAAUUAGCUCAGGAACAAUUCAUGUAUCGAAUGGUGAUCUAACAUCAGAACAAUCUGAAGUUCUUGUUAUUUGUUCAUCAUCUACGAAACUCUGUGAUAUCGUUAUUAAAGCAGCUGGAAAACAAGUUGAAGAAGAAUUAAAUGGAAAAGAUCUAACAAAAAAUAUGAUUGAAACAUCCGUUGGUAAUUUAAAACAAGCUAAACGUCUUCUAUUUGUACCAUGGACACCACCAUCAAAAUUGGUUACUAAUCAAGAUAUUGAUGCACUUCGUCAAUCAAUCUCGACAUUUAUUCAACGAGCAAUUCAAUAUACUAUUCAAGGAAAAUUUAAAAGUAUUGCAUUUCCAGCUAUUGGAUGUGGUGGUUUUGGAAUAUCAGCAGAUAUAAUUGCUACAAUUAUGAUUGAUACUGUUCGUGAACAAUUCAUUGCUAAUCCAACUAUUCAAUUAGUGAUUACAUUUGUUGUACAACAAUCAAAUGUAUUUGAUGUGUUUAAUGCUAAACUCAAAAGUACAUCGACGGCUACUACUACUGCUAGUGAUAAUCGUUCUCCAUCAUUGUCUUAUUUAUCAAAUCAAGAAAAAUUUAAUAUAAAUCUUGUAACAUGUAAUUCAAAUAUUGAUAUAGCCAAGAAACUAUUAGCAACCAUGGAAAAUAUUCUCACUUCAUCGUUUUCUUCUUAA